AUGGCCGCAAAAGGAGAUUCUGUUCGUGGGGCAUCGGGUCGCUCGCCAAUGCGCUUCAUCUCCGUCGAUAACGUCUUACAAUAUGCUUCCGAAAUACCGUCCGGCCAACCACGUGUCCCUCCGCAACGAGGCCUCCGUAGCAUUCCCGGUGUACGACGCGUGAGUGGAGGUGGCCUUCCUAAUCUUGCGUCGCGCACCGGACAACACAAUAUGCCAUCUCGGACCACUAGAAUUAGUGAAAAGCUGGUUCUUUUACCUGAGACAAUUGACGAUCUAGAAGGACCCGACGAAGAAAUAGAAGCUGCUUUUCGAGAGGACGAGACGCGGCCAUUGAAGGACGAAGAGCUUGACGUUUUAAGGAAAAGGGGUGGGCUGCGUGGGAAGAGUUAUGCCGAACGACUACCCAAAGUUCAAAGAACGGAGAAGCUGUCGAGGCUCACGGCCUAUUGUACUGCACAGUCUUUUAAGAUGAAGUCGACUUCGGAAUUUCUUCGCAAGAAGCACGACGCUAAAACGAAGCUCUACGACGACUGUCUCUAUACCGUAUACCAUCUACCGCUACUACCCGGUAUGGACGGUUGCCGUGUGAGGAGUCGGCCGAUACUCAAGACCCCCGGUACAGGCAAGACGGUUUUAGAUCUCGAAAUCGAACGAAGCGAACGAAGAGACGAACAUAUGGGUUACUACGACGAAUAUUCGUAUAAUGAACAAAGCGGAAGUCCUAAUCAGGGAAAUGGUAGCUACCAGUCUGGAUCCUUGGAUAGGAACCAGGAUACCGAGAGUCACCAUUCUCAAGAAUACCAAUCCCUGAAUCCUGUUAAUAGACUUGCACCUGAUGCUAAGCAAUUUGCCGAAAUGUUUGUUUUCUCAUAUGGUGUUGUCGUAUUUUGGAACUUCACCGAAGCGCAGGAAAAGGCCAUUCUAGCAGAUAUCACAUUUGCAGAGACUGAAAGCGGGACACCGCUGGUCGCGCGACCCCUUGACCAGAGCGAUGUCGAAACAGAGGAGUUUCAUUUCGAGUACAAUGCUGAUGUAAAGAGGCCGCGUAUUUUCAAUGAUAUGAUUACGCUACUACCGCGGUCGGAUCAUAUGGUCAAACUCACCAUUAGCCACGCUAUUGCACAGAGCACCAAACUCUGCUUCUUUGAAGAGCGCAUGUCUGAAACCAUGUUAAACGCACAGGAUGUACCGAAACGGCUAGCUCUUACUGGAGAGUUGAAUAUGACAAGGACUGAGAUAGUGAAGAUUCUUGGCCGCUUGUUUAAGAGUCGUGUCGACAUCAACCUCUCAUCAAACAUUCUUGACGUUCCUAAUUUCUUCUGGGACUCCGAACCUACUUUACACCCACUUUAUGUUGCUAUUCGUGAGUAUUUAGAGAUUGAUCUCCGUACGAAGGUGCUCAAUGAACGAUGUCGCGUCUUCCUCGACCUUGCCGAAAUACUAUCAGACUCUGUUGCCGACGCAAAGAUGAGCGCCAUCACAUGGAUUGUUAUUAUUCUCAUUAUCGUUAGUAUUCUCGUCACUGUGACUGAAGUUGGUCUGCGGUUCGGGAUGCUCUCUAAAGAGCGAGGUGAAAAUAAAGGUGUGUCAAAUCCCCAAAACAUCCUCGGUGAAGGGUGGAUUGCCGUUAGAUCUAAUGCUACACUCGAGCAACUAAGGCAAUGGGGCGUAAAUUUGAACGAGGAAGAGAAGGCCGCCGUAUGCGGUGCGGAUUAUAUCACAACUACAUUUGCGGGUAUCUAA